AUGACACAUUCGAAUGCCGGCUGUGCCCGGAGCUCGUCCACAAGGCUGGAGAUCCUUAUGAGGCCAUGCUCCGAGGUCACCAUCUGGUCUCUAGCUGUGGUAAUGAAGCGUGGCUACCUUGGCAAAUUUGAAAUCACCGAUGGCCACAGAGCUGGGAACACCGUUGUCAAUCAUCCGGGUCUCAAGAGCUGCCAGAAACUGCUGAGUCCCAGUGCUGCCUUGAGUGGUUGGUACUAUUUGUGUCUACCAGCUCUCCCAGUCUUUUGAGACAUGGACACUUCAGGGAGUAGCUGGCUGGUGUUCCGGGCACGACAGGAUGGGUCUGUGGAUUUCCUCCACUCUUGGACCUCCUACAAAGCAGACUAGAGACAGCAGUCUGAGUUCUGGCUGGAGAAUGAGAAUUUACACUAGCUUACUCUGGAGGGUGAGUUCCCAGCAAGAGGGCGGGGCAAGCCCAAAUCCCUACCAUCCCAGCCUCCCCUUCCUCCCGGUGCCCAGGGAGGGCAGAUAGAGCUGGAAGACUUCGAAGGCACUGGUACCUUCGUCCGCUUGAAGUACUGCCAGUGGGUGCUGGGCAAGUUCUUAGAGGGCACUGCAGGGGAGGGACUCUCCCACAAUGGGAAGGCUUUUACCACCUAUGACGCAGACCAUGAUUCAAGCUAGGGCAACCGUGCAGUGGCGGUCCCUGACUGGUGGUACAGAUCCUGCUACUGAGCCAGUCUUGAGGGGUUCUAUUACUAUGCUGCAUCGGAGACCACUGCCCACAAGUAUGGCAUCGACUAGGCCCCAGGCAGAGGCGUGGGUCACCCCUACUGCAGGGUUCACAUGAUGCUUCCCUAG